AUGGGCAUUCGAGCAGAUGACGCUGGCAACAACACUCACUAUGUCCCUUGUUUCCGGCACAAUGGUCAAUCUUACAGCCCUUACGACCUUCCCCUUCGUACCCAUGACGAGUUUAUUGAUGAUGCCGUCGCUGUUGAGUCUGCUCCAACGAAUGCAGAGGCUGAACGACAAGCAAAGGAGACCGGAAUUAACGGUCUGCCUAUUCUGGCAACACUUUCCAGUCUCGAAUUCCCCCAUUCCUUUGGCCAUGAUUUGAUGCAUCUCAUCCCCGAAAACGUUAUUAAAAACCUUCUCCUGCAUUGGAUUGGCGAAUACAAGAAGCUUGAUGAAGGCGACGAGGAGUACGAGCUUGCGCCAGCAGUCAUUGAAGAGAUCGGACGAGAAUGUGUAGCUGCAGGAGAUACAACACCGGCAGCAUUUGGGGCUCGUGUCCCUAACAUCGAUACUCAACGGUUUUACUUCACGGCAGAGUCGUACACUCUUUGGACCACUCUCUUAGCCCCAGUUCUCUUGCGAAAUCGCUUUCGGCAGGACAAAUAUUAUCGACAUUUCCGGGACCUUGUUGAGAUCUUCAAUGAUUGCCUCUCCAUGAAAAUCUCACGAGAAUAUAUCGACGUUGAUCUACGCGACAAGAUUGCAACCUGGGUUUUCGAGUACGAGCGUUACUACUAUCAGUACGAGGACUCGCGGCUGUCGGCAUGCCCUCUAACGAUACACGCAUUACUUCAUAUCCCUGACGAUAUUCUAAAUGGUGGUCCGAUGUGGACUUACUGGAACUACGUCACUGAACGCUACGUCGGUUUUAUCGUCCGCUCAAGCAAGAGUCGGCGUAACCCGUAUGCAAGCUUUGCACGACGCCUACGUGAAAUCGCACAGAACAGCGCAAUAAAGGUCCGAUAUCAUCUUUCUCGAGAGCUUGAUCUGUCACCAAAGCGAGAGGAGGAGUUGAAGGGCCACCGAGUCGACGGGCAACGAUACUCUGAUAUCCGAGUUCUGUACCCUCGUGCCGUAGGGCCUCUCUCGACUGGUGUCGCGAAGGCAAUUAACCAUUAUCUCCAAAAUACUUAUCGGAUUCCGCCUGCAAUGGCGAAGGCCUUGGUUCCAGAAGAAGCGACUCAUUGGGGGCGAGUUUCUUUCCUCGGCGGUGGCGAUAAAAUGCGUGGUGCUGAUUUGACGCAACAAUCUGGUGGGUACAUGACACGGGAUGCGUCAUUUGUAAAGUUCUCGCACCUGGUUGAUACUAAUGCACGAAACUCACGGCAACCACGCGUCGACGAAAGACAGGUGGCCUAUGGUCAACUCCUGCGUCUAAUCGAGUUCUCUGUUGACUUGCCCAAGGAGUGUCAAGUUGAUCACCCACUUCUACUCGCUGUGGUACGACCGGUCAAACCUCCGAAGGACAAUCCAUAUCCUUUCCCCGUCUACCAGGAUGGCAAGUUUGGGUCUGUGGAGGUGGUCGAUGCUGAUGAUGUGAGCUGUUUAGUGGCAAGAGUUAUAGCCAGCAGAAGAGGACCUCGUUUUUAUGCGCUCAUCGAACGCCCAGAUGCCAUGGGGGCCUCACCAGAAGAAGAAUAA